AUGGUAGGCUUAGUAUCGGCAGCCGGCCUGGUCGGCUUCCUGUCGGAACCUGAUCCGGAGCUCAAAAGCUUUGCUUUGAAGCAGCUGGAUAGCCAGGUUGAUUUGUUGUGGACGGAAAUCGCAAAUUCUCUUGGUGCGAUUGAGGCUCUCUACGAAGACGAAGACUUCCCAGACCGAGAACUCGCUGCUAUCGUUGCAUCUAAAGUGUACUACCACCUGCAAGAAUAUAACGAGAGCACGGCUUUUGCUUUGGGAGCGGGAAAGUACUUCAAUCUAGACAAGGCAGGCGAAUAUGAAGAUACAAUCAUUUCGAAAUGUGUCGACACAUUCAUCACCUUGUCCGCCAUCCGAGAUCCGACCCUCGCCGCCGCCACUGCUGGAGCGCCACCUCAACUCGACAAUGCUUUCGGUCAAGGAGGGGAUGGUGCCGCCAGCAUGUCCGCCAGCUUGACAUCUCCAGUCACCCCUUUCUCCCAGUCCGUCCUGCCGUCCAAGUCCCUGCUCUCCCGACAGAACACGGUGACUUUCGAUCCCACGCAAGCCGGAGCUCACCUCCUCCACGAUGACUCUUCCGAAGCCCUCAUUCAGCAACGUGGCCUUCAAAAGGCAUUGACCCGUGUCGUUGAGUCCCUCUUCGAGAAAUGUUUCCAGGAAAAGCGAUACCGCCAGGUCGUUGGCAUUGCGCUGGAGGCACGAAACCUCGGCAUCCUGCGGCGAGUCAUCCAACGAGCUGCAGAGGAUGAAACCAAAGAGAACGGAGAAGCUACAAAAACCGGUCAAGAGUUGAUGGAUUAUGUUCUCGAGAUCUGUAUGAGCGUUGUGCAGGAGCGAGGUCUGCGGAAUGAAAUACUCAAGAUGAUCCUCGAACUGCUCAACGACAUCCCGUCUCCAGACUACUUUGCUAUUGCCAAGUGUGUCGUCUAUCUCGAUCAACACUCUCUGGCUUCCAAUAUCCUGCGGCAAUUGGUCAACAAGGGAGAUGCUCGUUCAUUAGCAGUUGCUUACCAGAUUUCCUUUGACUUGUACGACAACAGCACGCAAGAGUUUUUACAAAAGGUUCGAGAAGAGCUGGCAGAGAUGCUCCCGAAAGAGGACAAGGCUUCGGAUUCAGACCCAUCAAGUGCCGACAAAAUGGUGGAAGACAAGGCAGAAGACCAGCUACAGCAAGAAUUGCAAGACUCGGCAGGCGCACCCGCACCCUCCAAACCUUCGAUUACUCCUGAACAACAAGACGCAGUCAAGAAAAUUAGAGACAUUCUUGACGGACUUACAUCAAUACACCUGAACGUUGAGUUCCUCCACAAAGCAAACCGUGUCGAUUACUCUAUACUUUCCAAAGUCAAAGAUAGUUUAGAGGCCCGGUACUCGAUAUACCAUUCGGCAGUGACUCUGUGUGCCGGUUUCAUGCACGCCAAAACAGCGACCGACAGCUUCUUCCGACAGAACCUGGAGUGGCUGGGUAAAGCGGUCAACUGGUCCAAAUUCACUGCUACGGCUGUCUUUGGAGUCAUCCACCAAGGGAAUAUCAACCAGGUCCACCGACUGCUGAGUCCCUACCUGCCAAAGGCUGGAGGUGUAACUAGUUCCCAUGAUUCUCCCUACAGCCAGGGCGGUUCUCUGUACGCUUACGGAUUGCUAUGCGCCAACCACAAAGGCAAAGCUGUCGACUUCAUCCGGGAAAAAUUCAAGGAAGCCACAGAGGAGGUCGUGCAGCAUGGCGGUGCUUUGGGCUUGGGUGUUGCUGGAAUGGCAUCCGGAGACGAGUCUGUCUUCGAGGAUCUCCGGAAUGUUCUCUGGGCCGAUUCUGCCAUCAACGGCGAAGCCGUCGGUCUGGCUAUGGGUCUCGUCAUGUUGGGCUCAGGUAACACCAAAGUCUUGUCUGACAUGAUUCAACACGCCCACGACACCCAGCACGAGAAGAUUGUUCGCGGUCUUGCGGUUGGUAUGGCAUUGAUCAUGUACGGUCGCCAGGAAGGUGCCGAUGAACUCAUUCAAGGUUUACUCAACGAUACCGACCCUACCAUGAGAUAUGGAGGUAUUUUGACUAUUGCUAUGGCUUACGUCGGGACUGGCAGCAAUAAAGCUGUUCGGAAAUUGCUGCACGUCGCUGUUAGUGACGUCAGCGACGAUGUUCGACGUAUCGCAGUCUUGAGUUUGGGCUUCAUCCUCUUCCGCAAGCACACCAGUGUGCCUAGAAUGGUGGAGCUUCUUGCAGAAUCCUACAAUCCUCAUGUCCGGUAUGGAGCCGCAAUGGCUCUGGGUAUUUCUUGCGCCGGCACCGGCCUUGCCGAAGCUAUUGAUCUGUUGGAGCCCAUGCUGAAGGACCCUACCGAUUUCGUCCGGCAGGGGGCUCUGAUCGCCCUUGCCAUGGUCUUGGUGCAGCAGAAUGAAGCCAUGAACUCGAAGGUCGUCUCGAUUCGGAAGCAAAUGCUCAAGAUCAUCUCCGAUCGACAUGAAGACGCCAUGUGCAAGUUUGGAUGUGCAAUGGCUUUGGGUAUCAUUGACGCUGGCGGCCGAAAUUGCACAAUCAGCCUUCAAACACAGACCGGUAACUUGAACAUGCUGGGAAUUGUCGGUGCUGUUGUCUUUACGCAGUACUGGUACUGGUUCCCACUUGCCCACUUUCUGUCAUUGUCGCUGACACCUACUGCCGUCAUUGCUAUUGACCAGAAAUUGGAGGCGCCAGUCUUCAAAUUUCACUGCAACACUCGACCCAGUCUCUUCGACUAUCCUCCAGAACAAGUCACAAAGGCAGACGAAGCACCAGAGAAGGUCAAGACUGCGGUACUGAGUACUACUGCUCAAGCGCGGAGACGUGCUGCCAAGAAAGAAAAGCAGCAAAGAAGGGAUAGCAUGGACGUCGACACGGCAACGCCAGUGACACCAAAGGUUGACAAAGGUGAUAAAAUGGACACAGAUGAGUCAGCAGCCAAGGAGGACGAGGGCAAGAAGAAGGAAGGAGAAGCCACUGAAGUGAAGAAGAAGGCGGAGAAGGAAAAGGUCGGCUAUGACAUCCCCAACAUGUCGAGAGUGCUUCCGGCUCAAGUGAAGUACUUGACAUUCCCGGAUCAACGAUACCAGCCCGUCAAGCAAGCCACAGGAGGUGUGAUGGUUGUUCUUGACACUGAGCCAGAGAAGGAGCGUGAGACUAUUCCUCUCCUCGUCAGUAAGGUCGAACCUCCUACGGCUCCCGCGGCGGGUAGGACAACUGGAGGUGCUACCGGUGCCGGAACUGGUACUGCCACUCAGCCUAUACCCGAAACACCUGCGCGACAAAUAACCGGGUCCGGUGCGGCCGCGGCAGCUGGUGUACUGACUGCAAUCGACGAGGACGAGGAAGGAACCGAAGAAGCCCCUUGUCCCGCGGAAUUCGACUACGAGACUGAUUCUGAAGAACAAGCCGAAUAG